CCAGCAGCAGAACAGCACACAGAGGGACUUCGACUCUCCUUUGUGAGCGACCUUCUCCUACUCCUCCACUCAGCUCUUCUGCAAGCUCUCGAGCACAUUCUCUAUCUUGCUUCUCCACCACAAGGAACCAACCAUGUCACAAACAAGAUCCUAUAGUAAAAAGUCCUACUCCAGCCAGUCGCUCUCUGCCAUGCCAGGCGGCUCCAGCCGAAUGAGCAUAGUGAGCACACGUCGCUCUGGUGUAGGCUCUGGGUUCGGUGGCGGCAGUGGUGGCGGCUAUGGCUUCAGCAGCAGCAGCAGCAUCGGAGGUGGUGGAGGAAUGGGUGGAGGCUAUGGGUUCAGCAGUGGUGCCGGUUUAGGCUUCGGCGGCGGUUCAGGCUUCGGCGGCGGUUCAGGCUUCGGCGGCGGUUCAGGCUUCGGCGGCGGUUCGGCCUACGGUGGCGGUUAUGGUGGUGGUUUUGGCGGUGGCUCCGGUGCAGGUGGCUUCGUUGCACCUUCCAUCACCGCCGUGACAGUGAACUCUAGCCUGCUGCAGCCACUCAACUUGGAGAUCGACCCCAACAUCCAGGUCGUUCGCACCCAGGAGAAAGAGCAGAUCAAGACCCUCAACAACCGCUUCGCUUCUUUCAUCGACAAGGUGCGCUUCCUGGAGCAGCAGAACAAAAUGUUGGAGACCAAGUGGAGCCUAAUGCAGGAACAGACCACCACUCGCUCCAACAUCGACGCCAUGUUUGAGGCCUACAUCGCCAACCUGCGCAGACAGCUGGACGGCCUGGGUAACGAGAAGGUCAAGCUGGAGGGAGAACUGAAAAACAUGCAGGUUCUCGUUGAGGACUUCAAGAGGAAGUAUGAGGAUGAGAUCAACAAGCGUGCCGCUGCAGAAAACGAGUUUGUCCUCCUGAAGAAGGAUGUUGAUGCAGCCUACAUGAACAAGAUUGAACUCGAGGCCAAGGUUGAUGCUCUUCAGGAUGAAAUUAACUUCCUCAGGGCAGUCUACGAAGCUGAGCUGCGUGAGCUGCAGUCUCAGAUCAAGGACACUUCAGUCAUUGUGGAGAUGGACAACAGCAGGAACCUGGACAUGGAUGCCAUUGUAAACGAAGUCCGCGCUCAGUAUGAGGAUAUCGCUAACCGCAGUCGUGCCGAGGCCGAGUCAUGGUACAAACAAAAGUAUGAAGAGCUGCAGUCCUCUGCUGGAAGUUAUGGUGAAGACUUGCGUUCCACCAAGUCUGAGAUUGCUGAGCUGAACAGAAUGAUCGCCCGCCUGCAGAACGAGAUUGAGGCCGUCAAGGGACAGCGUGCCAACCUGGAGGCUCAGAUCGCUGAGGCAGAGGAGCGUGGUGAGAUUGCAGUAAAGGACGCCAAACAACGCAUUAAGGAGCUGGAGGAUGCUCUCCAGAGAGCGAAGCAGGACAUGGCCAGGCAGGUGCGUGAGUACCAGGAGCUCAUGAACGUCAAGCUGGCUUUGGACAUCGAGAUCGCCACCUACAGGAAACUCCUGGAGGGAGAGGAGACCAGAAUCUCUACUGGUGGAGCUUCUGCCACCAUCCACGUGCAGCAGUCCUCUAGUGGAGGAUUCGGCUAUGGAAGUGGAGGAGGAAGCGGGUUUGGAGGCGGAUACGGAGGCGGAUUCGGCAGUGGAAUGGGAGGAGGCAUGGGCGGUGGUAUGGGUAUGGGCAGUGGAAUGGGCGUUAGCAUGAGCGGUGGUAUGGGCGGUGGCAUGAGCAGUGGCUUCGGCAGUGGCAGCAGCAUCAGCAGAACCUCUGUGAAAAGUGUUAGCAGCCAGAGGCGCUUCUAAGCAGAAGCUUCCCAACCUACAUUUCCUGCACCUUCACCAACACCACAUCAACGGUGCUAAAAUACUAGCGACUAGCCCAAUCUGAACCAUCCAACCCUUUCCUGAAUUGAUGUUUCUGUUUUUUUCACUAGAUAAAGAGAUAAGGAAGAUUUUUGGUGGGUAGAUGUUAAAUUCCAUGACACUUCCUCAGAAUCCUUUAAACCAAAUGUAGACUCGAAAGGAAACCUAGAAGAAUGUAAAGGGAAAUAUCGAUUCUCUUAAACCCUGCUGACAGUUCUUUAUUUUCUGCACUGAUAUAUUCUGGGGGAAAAGGAAGAAUAGAUAGAUAAAAAAGAAACAAAGUUUUAUGUGAAAACCGAAGCCACUGAAGCCAAAUGCAGAACAGGAAUGCGAGUGUUAAUGGGAGACAAGGGGGAGGUUUUCGAAAUCGUGUCCCGUCUUGAUUGAAGUUUUCCGCCACCACAAACCUGCUUCCAUUGAUCAACUACAAUACCUGUGUUGUGUAAUGAUGGAGGUGUAUGUUUACUCUGUGAGCAGAUCUGUGUUGGCAUGAACGCCAUCACCUCGGGGUUCCUCACGAUGAUCCUCUCCAUGCAGUCUCCUUUCCACUUGCUAAUUUGGCAGCUGUUUGCUAACUGACCAACUAAACAAGCUUUCAUUCUCCUCAAAGCCUCGACAUUGCUUCUAGAGUACAAUCGAGGAUUGCAAUCCCUCGCUCUCAGGCUGUCCAAAAUCUGUUUUCAGCUUUUUUUCCUCAGACCAAAAAAAUGCAAACAAUAAACAGACGAUAGGACCAGGUUUAUUGUGUGUUAAAAAAAAAAAAAGAUGCUGUAACAUCGAAAAUUGAACGCAAUAAAUCUGAGAACUAUAA